AUGCGAUGCGCGAGCAAGGCCGCCGAGAGCGCGUCCGCACGUCUCUGUGCGGACGUCGAAGCAGAAACCACAGCAGCUGAUGUAUCAUCGGUUGCUGAAGCGACUCAGCCUGUGUCACUUGGUGAUGCAGGCGCUGGUCAUGAAGACACUCAUGUCUUCACAGAGUAUGAGCUCGGUGUCUCGUACUCUUCUGAUACGGAAGACGGAUCCGUAUCGACGGCGAUCGAAUCCAAGCCGCCUGCCAAGCGUGGCAUGGAUGAUGCUAUGCGUCGUAGCAUCUUUGGUUCAUCUGACGAAUCAGAUGAACCAUCGCCGAAGCGAAGGCGCUCGAGGUCGCGAGACUCGGGCGCUAAUAGUGGUGUCGGUUCUCCUAUGGACACCACUUCACAGCGAGGUACCAGUACUUCUGUCGGUACGUCGCAGGAAGAGCGGGACCGCAGUGUGUUGCGUCUCGCUCCCGAGAAGAAGGCAUGGCUGCCUCCAAAGUCAGUCAUGGAUCGCUUGUCGGUGACGACAAGUGAUCGUUAUCGAACACGGUUGUUCGAUUCGUCAAGGAUCCAUCACCUUGACCCCAGUGCGAAAAACUAUCACACUGAGAAUGAGUUCUUCAUCGAUGCUUUCUUCAGACAUCGAUGGUACAGUGGGAACCACAAGCGUGAUCGUCCCUCACUACUUCAAGCGUGGAACGCCUACAUCCAUAACCUUGAGGAUGUAGGUCGUGACGCUUGGAAUGACAAACUUAUCAAAGCUCGUGAUAAGUUUGAAAAGCGAACCCCGACAGGUGCACGCUACAAGCUGCAUCGUCUGUCUAGGGAGAUAGGGUUACCCUGCCUCUCAUGGGGAGACUCGUGCCCAUGUUGUGUGAACAACUCUGCACGAGCACCUAAGGAGGCUUACCUCCUUACCAGCCCGUGGUGGCGCGUACGUAUCUCUAUUGAGAUGUACGAAGGGAUUGACAACCUGAAAUCCCUUUACGACCGUGCCGGGAAGACUUUCUCCGGCGGUCCUUCUGCGGCACAGGAUGUGCCUCGUCGUACUGCUCAACCGGACCCAGUACGUCAACCAUCAGUUGGGAGCGGGGCUCCCAAGUACCCCAGGACGGGGGAUAUCUGCGCCACCGGACGAGAUAACUCGUCCGACGUCCGUUCACGUCGCGGUGGUUCGAAAAACAGCUCAACAGCUGCUCAACUAGAUAGCGCUGGCCACCGCGAGAGUCCUCUAAUGGAGGUGGAGGAGGAGGAAAGACGCUCUCCACACGAUCGUGGGGAUCCGUGUGUUCCCGAGAGCUUCUUUGAUCGGGUUACGCAAGGGUUACGCGGUGAUCUCGAACAUGAGCGGGACAGGCGUCUCCAACUGGCGGACGCUGUCUUGAAGCAUCGAGCUGAGUUUGCCUUUGCUCAGCUUGAGAACGAGAGAGCUCUGACAUCUCGUCGUGACGAGCUAAGGUUAGCUCGUGGGAUUGUUGAUCGGUCUCGGGAUGAGAUAGCUGCUCUUCAGACCCUUGUUGAUGCCCACCAUCGGGAGCACAAGGCUCUCUGCGAGAUGCUUGAGCGCAAGGGCGUUCUUCAUCGGAAGAAGCAGCGUACUGAUGGUACGGCUUAA